AUGAUCCAGCAUCUUAUCCAACAAAUGAAGGUUUGCGCUGCCAGGGGAAUCCUCAUCAUGACUGAUAAUGACGCGAAAAUGGCUAUCGAAGAACUGGAAGCAAUAGUGGUCAGAAUUGGAGUAAUAAUAGCAGCAGUCAUCUCAUCAGUGGUUCAGCGGAGUUCAGGGGCUGGUUCUCAGGCAUCCCUGAUCAGUGAUCGAACAGCAGCAAGUGUGGCCGUGUGGAACAAGUAUUUGAACCUAUCCACUGCCAGGGAGAUUUGGCCUUCCGGUCCCUCCCGACACGUGGACGAAGCAUCCCAGGGCCGGAUGUUUGAAACUUCACCUGAACCAGUCGUCGAAGCAGAUUCAUGUCAUGGGCAGCUGUUGCUGGAUAGAAAUUGCUCUGGCAGAUCAUCGGUAACUAAUGACCAUCGCAUCCGUAUGGACGCGUACACAUACUGUCACAUGACGACUCUCAACCGCUGUCCCAGGCAUUGCGAAUAA